AUGGCACUCCAGGCCGCUUUUCAUGCCGCUCUACCGAGAAGUCAUCGAUCGCAACUUCAAGUGCUGAAACUAGACUUCGGCUUUAAUGUGUCCACGCUUUCUCACGAGGAAAUCCAACAAAUUCUGUCGCAGUACGCCCCAUAUCUCAACGAUACGCGACGACUACAGCAUCUUAUACUUGACCUGAGCCACAGCACGUUGCUCGCGUCGGAGUUGGAGUCACUCUACUCUAUCAUCUCUAAAGAACUACCUGACACUCACCGAAUCUCUGUUUAUACUUCCGAGUCGCUGUCGAAGGCGGCUUAUGUCGGAAAGCAGAAACACACGAAUAGAGUGGCUUGUUCA